AUGACCAAUUUGAAUAAUUUAUGCAAAGUAUACUUUGGUCAUAAUUACUGUGCUACUUGCAGUCAUUUUGACCUUAAGAGAGCACAAAAAAAUAAUCCCGUGGAGACGAAAGAACAUUCAUUUAAAUUUAUCAUUGUCGGGAAAAACCAUACAGGAAAAAGUAGCAUCAUACGAAGAUAUGUUGAUGGAUUAUUUACUGACUACUACAAAAUUACGAUGGGAGUUGAUUUUGCUCUGAAAGUUAUUAAUUGGGACGCGAAGACUACAAUAAAAUUACAGUUAUGGGAUGUCCAAGGACAAGACUUCAACGAAAAGAUGACACAUGUUUACUUCAAGGAUGCUGUAGGUGCCUUUGUUGUUUAUGACGUAACUGAUGUAAAAACUUUUGAAAGUACCAAAAUGUGGAAAGAAGAUAUUGAUAAGAAAGUUUUCCUUCCUGAUGGUUGUAAGAUCCCAGUAGUUUUAUUGGCAAACAAGUGUGAUAAAGCGAAGGUUGGAAAUCAUAACAGUCCGGAAUAUCUCGACAAUUAUAUCCAAGACAAUGGUUAUAUAAAAUGGUUCGAAACAUCAGCAAAGACUGGUAUAAAUAUUGAUAAAGCCUUUAGAAGCUUAGUAGAAGAGGUCUAUGAAAGUUCUGAUAAAUCCGAUAAAAAAGAAACAACAGAUACUGAGAAUAUCAAACUUAAUGAUACUAGCGAGAAAGACGUAACUAAAUCCAGUUGCUGUUUUUAA